UUGUUAAUCUGUGCAUGCUUGCUUUGCUUGUUGAAUGGAAUGGAAUGUGUACCAUGUUAUUUUUUGUAUCUUUGAGAGAAAAUCGGGAAUUCUUGCACUAUUUUGAUUUCCCAAGUACAUACAAAAUAUAAAACUUUCGUAACCAAUCAGAGUCGUUUUCAGUUUUUAUUGAAUAGUUGUCCUAAAACAUGAAUGGAACCGCGUUCAUUACACCGGUGAUUGGUAUUUAUGUUACGAAUGUUGCAAAACUAUGGCUUUUUGUGCUAAUGGAGAUGCUAUGAACGUUAGUUACUCAACGGACAUUUCCGAGGAGAAUAAUAUUGUUGACAACCUAUCUAUUAUUCCUCUUGAGAAGGACAGUUUUGCAAUAUGUGAAUUAUGUGGUCUGGUUGGCCGCAGAGGGCAGUUUUAUGUUCGCAACAAUAAAUUUUGUUCAUUGAGAUGUCAUUCAAGUAGUACAAGACGUCGGAACUACAACUGGCGUUUCAAACUAAUGGAAGGCACUGACCAUAUGGCUGGCAUGAUUCCCUUGGAGCCCCUGCCCCAGCUGCAGCAGUGGCAGGUCAAUUACAAUGAUUUACAGGACGGUCCACUAAAGCAGUCGGCGUCAUUGGUUGCCAACAGCUACGAGUGGAAGGACGAGCUGUUCGGCUGCGACUUCCUGGCCGCGCCCGUCAGCCUGUUCAAACACGCCCCUCUCAACGAGAUGUGGGACAGCACCUUCGAGGGAAUGAAGGUGGAGGUCAAGAACAAUGAUUGUGAUAAUCCUAAUGAUAAGAAUAAUGACUUUUUUUGGGUUGCAACUGUUUUGAAAGUAAAAGGUUACAUGGGAUUGUUACGCUAUGAAGGCUUCGGCAGUGAUGACUCGAAGGAUUUCUGGGUGAACCUGUGUUGCUCCGAGGUGCAUCCCGUGGGCUGGUGCGCCACCAGGGGGAAGCCACUCAUACCGCCGCGCACCAUUGAAGAUAAAUAUGCAGAUUGGAAAAAGUUUUUAGUGAAACAGCUGACAGGAGCGCGCACGUUGCCCGCGAACUUCUACAGCAAGCUAAACGACAGCCUCGUAUCGAGGUUCUCGGUCGGCUCCGUCAUGGAGGUCGUGGACAAGAAUAGGAUAUCACAAGUAAAGGUGGCGACUGUAUGCGAAAUUAUAGGGAAGCGGUUACAUGUAAAAUAUUACGACAGCUCACCAGAAGACGACGGGUUCUGGUGCCACGAAGACUCGCCCCUCAUCCACCCGGUGGGCUGGGCGUUCCGCGUGGGGCACCGGCUGGCCGCGCCGCCCAGCUACUGCCAGCGCGUGGCCGCGGGCCGGCCGUCGGCGGCCGACGCCGCGCCCGAGCUGUUCCGGCAGUUCCCGGCCGACGAGCCGCCGCUGUUCGCGGAGGGCAUGAAGCUGGAAGCCAUCGACCCGCUGAACCUGUCGGCCGUGUGCGCGGCCACGGUGAUGCAGACGCUGCGCGAGGGCUACGUGAUGGUGCGCAUCGAGCAGUACCCGGCGGACGCGGCGCGCGCCGACUGGUUCUGCUACCACCAGCGCUCGCCCGCCGUGUUCCCGGCCGGCUUCGCGCGCGCGCACCACAUCCCGCUCGUGCCGCCGCUCGGGUACUCGGCGGCGUCGUUCAGCUGGGAGCAGUACCUGGCGGAGACGGGCAGCGUGGCGGCGCCGCCGGCCGCGUUCGGCGCGCGCGCCAGCGCCGCCGCGCACGGGUUCGUGGCCGGCAUGCGCCUCGAGUGCGCCGACCUCAUGGACCCCCGGCUGGUCUGCGUCGCCACCGUGGCCAGGGUGGUGCAGGACAUGCUCAAGGUGCACUUCGACGGGUGGGGCGCGGAGUACGACCAGUGGGUGUGGGCGCGCAGCACGGACGUGUUCCCGGUGGGCUGGUGCCGCGCCGUGCGGCAUCGCCUCGAGGGCCCGCUGCAGCCGCCGCGGAGGCACGCCUCAAAAAACUCGUCUCGAGCUCCGACCACAACGGAGGAGAAUUCUCAAAAUUCGCAAAUCUCCGAGCCUCCGAACAACAAAAGCGUCUCCUCCCCUAGCGAGCCCGACAUCAGGGAGCUGGUGCAUGCGGCGGCUGGAGGGGAACCCGAGCAGGAGCCAGAGGAGACGCCGACCGCGCCCGCGCCCGACGCGACGCCUGACGCAGUCGAGCCGCCUGACGCAGUCGGGCCACCUGACACAGUCGCGCCGCCCGACGCAGCCGAGCCGCCGGACGCGGCCUCGCCGCCCGACGCGGACGCGGCGGCGGCGCUGUGGGCGGUGGGCCCCGAGCAGUGGGCGCGCGCGGACGUGGCGCGCUUCCUGGCGCUGCACGCGUGCCAGGCCUACGCCGGCAGCUUCGCGCACCUCGACGGCCGGCAGCUGCUGCAGCUCUCCAAGGACGACAUCGUGGAGCUCAUGCACCUCAAGGUGGGCCCCGCGCUCAAGAUAUACGACCUGGUGCAGCAGCUCAAGCUGAAGAUCAAGCAGCCCUCGAGGCUGCUGGCGGGCUUCAAGCAGUGACUGUUCGAGUGUUGAUGGUUUGAGUGAUAUCACGGAAGUGGGUGUAUUAUAUCUCUUUCUGCUUAACUACUACCGCGAGUGCGCGCAGCUCUCGCCGCAUCCUCCGCCAUGCUUUAGAGCCCGGGGUCCACUUUUUUUGGUCUACAGUAUCUUCUUAGUUUUCUGAACAUAUCUAAUUCCCUACACCUAGCGCAAUAUUAAUAGAACGAAGACCAAUUUUCCUUUAAUAAUAGGGAUGUGGACUAUUUUUGGGAAAGUGUUUAAAACCAUGCAUAAGUACCAAAUAUAACCCAAACUAUUUAUUAUUAUUUUUUUAUUUCAAGUAAUUCCUUUAAAAUAAUUUAUUUAAAAUUCGAUUUAAAAUAUCGCGCCAAAACGCGGAUACCUGUCAAACGGCCGCUGUGACGUCACGCGUUAUAAAAUAUUGUUGAAGUUGUAUGUAAUGAAUAGUUAUUUCGUAGUUGUGUGAUAAUAAUAUGAAUUCAAAAUUUUAUAAAUAUUGUGCGGUGCCGCAGUGUAAAAGUACAAUUAUUAAAACACCUGAAAAACUGUUUAUUCACGUUCCACGUACAAAAGCGAUGCGGAAAAAGUGGCUUCAAUUAGCCCGUCGGGAUCCGGCACUUGUAUCUAUACAAAGUAAAAUGUAUUUCUGUGAGGAUCAUUUUGAUGUAAGUUUGAUAAUAUUUGUUACAUUUACUUGUAUUAAAAUAAUUUUUCUCUUCAAGUUUUCAAAGACGAAAACUCGAAUUUUUAGGUUAGAAAUAAUGUAAACAAUGUUUUGUUCUUUCAUUUUUACCUUUUCGAGUUUAAAAAUACCUACUAUUACUAUAAUAAUGUAUCUUGAGUAUAUUACUUACAUGGAUGUCUUCACAUUUCUAAAUUUAGCAAAGUAAAAGUUACUAUUUGUUGCGAAGAAAUUAGCCACCGUAAAGCAAUCAAUUCUUGGCAAAUUUGAACUAUCUGCCUUAAUAUAUCCACUUUCCAUUAUGGGAAAGCCUUUACAAAUUUAUUCAAAAAGAUAAUCGGACGAAAAUCACGGUAAUAAUAUGAUCCAAAUAUCAACAAACACCAUAAUACUUGACAGCGAAAAUUCUUGUAUUGCAACGCGUGACGUCACGCAUUUUGAUUGGUGUUCAUUGUCACGUGACUUGAGGGUGAAAUAUUUAAUUACAUUUUAUUAAAUAAAAAAAUAAUCCCUUGUUUAUUGAGGAAAAUAUUGUGUUUUUUAUUAUUUUUACUAUAGAAACUACCUUUCCGUGGUAAAAUUUUAUACUUAUUUGAGUACAGUCCACAUCCCUAUUUGUUGAUAUUGAGUGAGUAUACAGUUAGUGUGUACUUCCGUAGCGGCGGUGUUGCAGAAUAAUUAAUAUUUUGGAAUGCAUAAUAUGCUUAUAAUGUAUGCAUGCAUAUUUUCAUGUACACUUUGCAUUUAUUUGAUUCUAAAAUCAUGUGUGAGGAUCAUGUUUUAGUGACAGUAGAAAAAUUUAUGUAUUAAUCAAAUUAUUUCUCAACAACAUUUUAUUCAAUAGACAGAGUUUUGUUCAUCCUGGUAUAGUGACAUAGUAUCUUCUAGUCAGGCAUUGGUUUCGUCACGAUGAAUUGUGAUUUGAUGAAAUGUAAUUAUUAAGCUAUGGUGCUCGGUGAUCUACAUUGAUAGUAUUAAGAGUGGCGUUGCUGACAUUUAAAUCUUAGAACUAACUACUGGAAAUGAAGUUAUUUUUAAAAUAUUUCAGAAUUCAGUUUUGUUUGACAUGUUUAAAAUUAUGAAAUGUAUAAAUCAUAGCAGCCAUUUUAAUAUUUUAGUUACUUUUGCUUUGACUCUGUUAGCGAAAGUAAAGUGAGUUGUAUGUCUUCAUACAAGAGAUCUCGAUUGUAAUAGUUCUAAGACAAGAUUGCCUUGAUAUAGUGACUUACAAAAGCUAGUGCGUAAUGUAAAGGUAUGGAUUUUCAGAAAAUAUAUGCAAGGGAGCCAAAAUGUCAUUUUUUUAAAACCUAUUUUGUAGCGUUUACUUGGAUCUACAGAUUCCUUUCCACAGGGCAGGGGUCACUUUAUCUAUGGACUUGGACCAAGUAAAACUCUUAGUCCAAAGACCUUUGCCUCUAUACUGGGCUAUCUGUCUGUAUGGUUGUACCCGCAAAACGCGAAAACUAUUGCUUCGAUUAGAUUGCUGUUUUUAAGAGUAUUAUGCUUGGUCCAACUUACAAACUGGUGUAGAAAAAGACCUCCCCCACCCCUCCAAGGGGCAAUACAAGAGUCAGCUUCUUCAGUGUACAGCGAACGUGGUCGCGGGCAAUAAUUAGUAAAGUAUAAAAUAAAUGCUGUGUGGUUCCCGGCACCAAUACAAAAAAGAAUAGGACCGCUCCAUCUCUUUCCCAUGGAUGUCGUAAAAGGCGACUAAGGGAUAGGCUUACAAACUUGGGAUUCUUUUUUAGGCGAUGGGCUAGCAACCUGUCACUAUUUCUCAAUUCUAUCGUUAAGCUCAAUAGCUGAACGUGGCCAUCCAGUCUUCUCAAGACUGUUGGCUCUGUCUACCCCGCAAGGGAUAUAGACGUGACCAUAUGUAUGUAUGUAUGUAUAAAAUAACACUAUGAAAAAAUAAAUGCCCAAAGGAAACGAAUAUAUGGACAUCUGUUGGGAAUUUUCCCAAUUUGUCUUAAAUGCCCGGGCAUUUGCCAAUCUCUAGUCGGAGGUUGUAUUUGUGAUCCAAUCCAUGAAAUCUUGUAAUCGCGAUUUAGAUUUUUCGCUGCUAUUGGCCGACUGCGUCAAUUUCUUCGCAAUGAUUGACAGUUGCUGUUGUGAUGUGUGGCGCAGAGAUGUCGCCACAGGCAUACACAUAAUGGCGGCGAUGGGAGUCCGCAUCCCUUCACGUCUCGGUCACCUUUCUCUCCCGACGGGAGCGGUAUGAGACCUGCUGAAAGCUGCUUCAAUUUGCGACGAUGAAUGUAAGUGGAGGAAAGAAGGAUAAGAUUAAAGAAAUAUGUCUAAUGAUGGAUGAUAGUCGUUUGGAUGUUGUGCGUGAAAGAAACAAAGGUGCAAGGAUGCGACACAACGCUGCACGGCCCUUACUCGGCAUGUGGGUCUGGAAUUUCUAGUAUAAACCGAGAAAAUUCCCCUAUUUCUGGGGAGGCCUUAGUCCAGCAGUGGACUUCUAUUGGCUGUUAAGGUAAGGUAUGAUAGAGUAAAGAAGAAUGAAUGAAUUGUGGUCAGCACUUUCUAUGCAUGGAGUGCGCAGUGCCUUGAUACGAGCACUGAAAUCUUUAUAUUUGGAUUCGAGUGCUUGUGUUAACAUUAACGGAGCGCAAACUGAGUUGUUUAAAAUUGAGGAAGAAAUGCAAGCUUAGGCAAAGAUGUGUGGCGGCAUCAUGGCUGUUCAACCUAUUUAUGGAUAGCUGUUUGACAGAUUUAAAAAUUCUCAAAAAUAUCUUUUUGUCUCAGUAGUUCAACUUUCUGGAGGAUUGUUCUAAGUUAAACUACUGAGAAAAAAGUCUCACUAGUUCAACGAUUGAACUGACCAAUUGAACUAGUGGGAACUAGCCCUCUAAAUCCUCUAGAUCACGUCUAUAUCCCUUACGGGGUAGACAGAGCCAACAGUCUUGAAAAGACAGAAUGGCCACGUUCAGCUAUUUGGAUUAAUGAUAGAAUUGAGAUUCAAAUAGUGACAGGUUACUAACCCAGCGCCUAAAAAAAACUCCAAGUUUGUAAGCCUAUCUCUUUGUCCCCUUUUACGACAUCUAUGGGAAAGAGAUGGAGUGGUCCUAUUCUUUUUUGUAUUGGUGCCGGGAACCACAUGGAGAAUCCAGACUGAUUAAAAAGUAAAAUGUUAUUGCUGUACAAAAACAAAAACUUCUAUAUGUUUUUUUUAAUAAAACUACGUACCUAGUCGAUGUCAAUUACAUUCUGCUAUCUUUUAAAUCUGUGUCAAAUAAUAUUUGUAUGGGCUACGCGUGCGCGGGCAGAAGCGCAUCGCUCGCGAACGACAAUCGCGAGUUGCGUUCGUGAUAGAAGACUGCAGGGCUCGUAAAAUGCAAUUAUUGUACCUAGUCUAAAUAAUUAGUUUGUAAGAAUAAGAUUUUUUCUUUAAUGCUUAAAAAUUAUGGUAUGGCGGCGCCACACGCGCCAUCUUAGUGAAAUCGCCACUGCGAUCAACAUACUUACCAUUAACCCUUUCCACGCCAAGAGUUUUCGUCAAAAACGUUCACCACACGCCACGGCAAUAAACGUGGUUGAUUUACUAGUGUUGACAAUAUUGAGUAUCGAUAUUAUUAAUUUGUAUUAAAUAAAUCAUUAUAAAACAGUUAUAUUUUAAGUUCAUGGGUUUUAUUUUAUUAUUGUUACUCCUUGAAACA